AAGCAUUAUCUCAUUUAUAACAAACACACUCUCUUUUUCUCACCCUCUCUCUUUAGCAUCCUCCCAUAUACUUGAAAAGCUACCUCUCUUUCACGGUGCCAAGAGAAAAGGGGGAAGAAACGCCAUGCCUGAGGCUCCAAACUGCUCAUUGAAACCCACAAACUACAAUCUUCUAGAGAACAACAAGAAGACUCUUCAGUUCAUCGAAGAUGUCACGGCCAACGCUGAUGAAGUUCAGAAGCGUAUUCUUUCCGAAAUCCUCUCUCGCAAUGCUAACGUAGAGUACUUGCAAAGGCACGGCCUCAAAGGUCACACUGACCGCGACACCUUCAAGAAAGUCAUGCCUGUGAUCACCUACGAGGAUAUCCAGUCAGAUAUCACUCGUAUUGCCAAUGGUGACACUUCCCCAAUCCUCUGCUCAAGGCCCAUUUCGGAGUUCUUGACGAGCUCUGGGACAUCUGGUGGAGAGAGAAAAUUGAUGCCCACCAUAGAAGAAGAACUAGGGAGGAGGUCACAGCUAUAUAGCCUCUUGAUGCCUGUGAUGAGCCAAUUUGUUGCUGGCCUAGAGAAAGGCAAAGGAAUGUACUUUUUGUUCAUAAAAUCAGAGGCCAAGACACCUGGAGGUCUUUUGGCUCGCCCUGUUCUAACUAGCUAUUACAAAAGUUCCCACUUCAAAGAAAGGCAAUAUGACCCUUACACGAACUACACCAGCCCAAACGAAACCAUCCUCUGCCCCGACUCCUACCAAAGCAUGUAUACGCAACUACUUUGUGGCCUCUGCCAUAACAAGGAAGUUAUAAGGGUUGGAGCUGUUUUUGCCUCGGGUUUCAUCCGCGCCAUCCGGUUCCUCGAGAAGCAUUGGGCCUCUCUUUGCAACGAUAUCAGAACCGGAAACAUCAAUCCCCAAAUCACUGACCCUUCUGUCCGAGAGGCUGUCAUGAAGAUCCUCAAACCUGAUCCCAAGCUUGCAGAUUUCAUUGAAGUCGAGUGUAGCAAAGAUUCUUGGCAAGGAAUCAUAACCAGGUUGUGGCCCAACACCAAGUAUGUGGAUGUUAUUGUGACUGGGACCAUGUCACAGUACAUUCCAACUCUUGAUCACUAUAGCAAUGGCCUCCCACUUGUGUGCACCAUGUAUGCAUCCUCUGAAUGCUACUUCGGUGUCAACCUUAAUCCUCUUUGCAAGCCUAGUGAAGUUUCCUACACCCUCAUUCCCACCAUGUGCUAUUUCGAAUUCCUGCCCAUUCACAGAAAUAAUGGGGUCACUAACUCUCCCUCCGUCCCCAAAUCUCUCAGUGAAAAAGAACAGAAAGAGUUGGUGGAUCUAGUUGAUGUCAAGCUUGGGCAAGAAUAUGAGCUUGUUGUUACCACUUAUUCUGGACUUUAUCGCUAUAGAGUUGGAGAUGUGCUCCGAGUGGCCGGAUUCAAGAACAAGGUCCCUCAGUUCAACUUCAUAUGCCGGAAAAAUGUGGUCCUCAGUAUUGAUUCUGACAAGACUGAUGAAGUUGAGCUGCAAAAUGCAGUAAAGAAUGCGGUGAACCAUUUGAUGCCAUUUGAUGCAACUCUGGCCGAAUACACUAGCCAUGCCGAAACCUCAACAAUCCCAGGCCACUAUGUGCUAUUCUGGGAGCUUAGCCUCAAUGGGUCAACCCCAAUUCCACCCUCGGUGUUUGAGGACUGCUGCUUGACCAUUGAAGAGUCCUUCAACAGCGUGUACCGCCAGGGACGUGUCUCUGACAAGUCAAUUGGCCCCCUAGAGAUUAAGAUUGUUGAGCCCGGGACCUUCGAUAAGCUCAUGGAUUAUGCCAUUAGCUUAGGGGCGUCCAUAAACCAGUACAAGACCCCUAGGUGUGUGAAAUUUGCACCCAUUGUUGAGCUCUUGAACUCGAGGGUUCUGUCAAACUACUUCAGUCCCAAAUGUCCUAAGUGGGUUCCGGGCCACAGGCAAUGGAACAAUCAGGAUUGAAAAAAACUGAAGAUGAUCAGGGACUGCGGAACAUGUACGAGUCUUGGUAGCUUUCAUGGAGGUUCACAAGAACUGUUUUUGUGAUCAUCUUAGGAAAAAAGUUAAUUAUCCUUUUUAGGUUAACCCAUCUCUUGAUGUUUCCCUUUUCAUUUUUUUUUCCCGAAUAUUUUAGUCGCUGUCUAGUAUGCAUAGACUUUGAAUUAGCCCCCCAUGUACAAAAACGGUUCCUGUUUCAAGGAAAGCUUCUCUUAUUUUCUUUCUUUUAA